CGUGUUCCUUUCGAGGUGAGAAACGUAUAGUUAAUUAGUUUUUGUCAAUAUUUUUACUUUAUCUUUAUAUAAAUUUGUUAGUAAUAAGUAGAACUUUUUUAGUCAAAUUUGUUUGACGUUAUCUUCCUCAAUCAUUGCAGGCAAAGAGCCAAUGAAUUUGCUUGGAGUUAAAAGUAACAAAAGCAUAUUGCUCCAUAAAACCGACCUCACCUCUUUUGAAAAAAAAAGGUAUAAAAUUACCAACUUUCCUUCUUUUGAAUGAUUUCGAACGUUGGUUGCUUAAAAUAAAGCAUCAAAAUAAAGACAACGCUCAAAACCAUUCAAACCACGUUAACAAAAUAUGGGCUACAUUGGAUCCACUCCAACGAUGUUUGCUAAAAAACUUAUUGGUGGAUCCCAAUUUGUUGUCAGAUUUUUAUGCUUCACCUUUAAUUGAGAUUAUUAAAAAACAACAAAAAUUAUCAGCGGACCAGCAAGAACCCCAUAUUCAGCCAAGAACAAUCAUGGCAAAACUAGGUUCAUUAAAAAUGUUUUUAGAGUUUCUCCAAUCAAGGUUAAUUUUCGCAGGUAUGACGCCAAUUGAUAUAGAAAAUUUAAAGCUGCGCAUUAAAGAAAUAAAUAGCUCUUUGAGACCUUAUGUGUCUCAACGAGAACAAGAUCUGAAAGGCUUUAAGAACCUUAAUGUGAUUACAAAAGAAAUAUUCAGUGUCUACUAUAACAGUAAGCACGUUGUCAACAUUCAAAAACUAUUAGGUUCUGCUUCUGUUAAGCCAACAAUUUCGGAAGCAAUAGACAUUAGAGACUAUUUGAUGAUAAAUAUUUGCUUCUGGAAUGCGACUAGGUCGUCAAAUUUAAUGAAUAUCUGCUUAGGCGAUAUUACAAACGCCUACCAAAACGAAGAGUUCCCCGAUGUCUAUUGUAUUAACUCGGACAGAUAUAAAACGUCCAUGAUUUAUAGAACUAAAAUCAUGGUCGUAGAUGAUGUUUUGUUGGACAAUAUAAAUGUGUAUAUUGAGACCUAUCUACCGUUGUUAAUGGGAAAAAAACCUAUUUCUCCAAGUUCAUUUAUUUUCGUAACUAAAUCUAGUGAAAGAAUCACUCAGUCAGCAAUUGCAAACGGAAUGACUGUCAGUUUUAAAAAAGCAGGUCUUUUUUCAUCAUCGAAAGAGCACAAACGAGUCUGCCCUACAAGAAUAAGAAUAUCGAUUGCGACAGAGAUUGCUUCUGAGGGUGACAAUGGGUUAGAGGAGCUGGCGACAGUUUACAUGAAAAACAAUCCUAACACCACAAAAAAGUUUUACAUUGCUAACUUUGUAAAUCGCAAAGCAGCGUCAAUAAGUAUUAAAGUGGGAACCCACUUUGAUCUUUUUAGAAAAACAAAGCCUAAACCGGUAUCAGUAGAGGGAUUGAAAAAGUGGAUGAAGGUUAAUUCGAAUAGAAUUAAAGAGCAAUUUAAUGUCAAUUAUGUUGAUGAGGAGAUAGAUCAUUACUUAAACAAAAACGGAGGUGAAGUUGUGUCGGAGGAUGAUGUGAUAGUUCCAAAAAGUAAACCCAAAUAUGUUGAAAGGCCAGAAAAGAAUAUUUUGGAAAAAGAUCAGAAUGUUGAUGUGGAUUUUUCAGUUACAAAAUCAUUAGAAAAAAAAGUAAAUAGGAAUGAAAGAAUCCGUUGAUUUAAAUGAAUCUGUUGUUAGUGAAGAUGAAAGUGGUCAGGGUUUGAGUAACAUAGAAAAAAAUGAUGUCAAAGAUGAUGAAAGUGUAAGUGUGUGUGUA